AGUCUCACCCAUUGGCCUAUGGCUAACACUACUGGCUGACGUAGCGUGCCGUCAUUGGUUGUUUUUUCCCAGUGAGCGUAUCAGACACGCAUCGGAAUAAUAACAUGAACAUUAUUUUUGUUUCAUAUUCUCUUGACGAACAAUGGGCCCCACAAAAUACAAUAAAGCACCAGCUCUCUGGAUUCUGGAUGCUUUUCAUUUUGGCGACUCCUGAUUUAGGAGUAAUCAAAAUGAAUGGCCUUAUUAAAAACUGGUUUAAUUAUUGUUAAAACUGCAGUCAAAUCUACCAAACUCAACCACAACUAGAGAGAAAUAACACCCCGAUGCAGCUUAUCGUGUACGAUGUUUGUGCCUUCAAAUCGGCUAAAUCAAGUGUAAUUCACGAGAGUAUUAUAAUCGGAGGACGGUGGACAUUGGUUUUGACAGAUUCCUCAGAAGCCCCGCCCAGUGUCUUGAUGCUGGUGUCGUAUUGGCAGGGAGCACAGUCCCCAGGACUGCAUUGGCUGUUUGCGUGUUUUUUCACAGGGGUCCCAAACUAUACCGAGAUUUGGAAUAUUACGAUACAGUCCUGCAGGAAAAUGGCGACUGUCAUUCAUAAUCCUCUAAAAUCGCUGGGUGACCAGUUCUACAGGGAGGCCAUUGAACACUGUCGCAGCUACAAUGCCCGACUCUGUGCCGAGCGCAGUGUGCGCAUGCCCUUCCUGGACUCGCAGACCGGCGUGGCACAGAACAACUGCUACAUCUGGAUGGAGAAGCGCCACCGCCAGCCAGGCCAGGCAGCGGGACAGAUGUAUACCUACCCAGCACGAUGCUGGAGAAAGAAGAGGCGACUCCACCCUCCCCUGGAUCCCCAGCUCCGCCUGUGUGAGCUUCGACUAGAAGCAGAGCUGGCCCCCAAGCGUGAGGUGCCCCCAGGGGAGGCCACAGCCUUGGAGGCCCUCUUGAGGGGGGACAGCUUGCUGGAGAAGAAAAACAACAUCAAUAAGGAAGAGGAGACAUUGCUGGAAAUACAGCGGGUACUGGAGGCAGACGAAAAUGGGGACGGUUUCCAUGAUGAUGACGAAUUUGAACUGGAUACUCCAAAGAGAAAGAACAGAAACAGAGGCAAAAACAGAGGAUCAAGUCGCAGGAGGCCGGAUCCUGUUAACACUGAAGACCAGGACAAACCUUACGUUUGUGACAAUAGAUACAAACAAAAGCAUAACUCAAAAAAGGCUGAAGAAGUCUGUGGAAAGCGGUACAAGAACAGGCCGGGCCUGAGCUACCACUACACCCACACUCACCUGGCAGAAGAGGAGGGCGAGGAGGAGAAAGAAACAGAGAUGCCGCCAUCUCCUCCACGUAGCUCAGACAACCACAAACCUCAGAAGGGCCCAGAUGGUUCCAUCAUCCCCAACGACUACUGCGACUUCUGCCUGGGAGACCAGGUCUCCAACAAGAAGACAGGCCAGGCAGAGGAGCUGGUGUCCUGCUCUGACUGUGGACGCUCUGGUCACCCCACAUGCCUGCAGUUCACUGACAACAUGAUGACGGCGGUGAGGACGUACCAGUGGCAGUGCAUCGAGUGCAAGUCUUGCAGUCUCUGUGGUACCUCAGAGAACGAUGACCAGCUGCUGUUCUGUGAUGACUGUGACAGAGGAUACCACAUGUACUGCCUGAAGCCUCCAAUGACCCAGCCUCCAGAAGGGAGCUGGAGCUGUCACGUGUGUCUGGACCUGUUAAAGGACAAGGCCUCAGCCUAUGGAGAAGCAUAAUGUCCUGGACCUUCUUCUCAACACACACAUACACUAUAUAUAUAUAUUUGUACACAUGUGACUUUUUGACAUGCCCACACAUUAGCAAAAGCUUUAAUUCACACACACACACACACACACACACACACACACACACACACACACACACACACACACACACACACACACACACACACACACACACACACACACACACACACACACACACACACACACACACACACACACACACACACACACACACACACACACAGUGCAUUAGCAGGCUCAGGGCAGUUUCCUGUGUGAGGCGCAGAAAUCCUCUACCUCUCAUUUAGCCACAGCAAGACUCCAGAUGCAAACACCAUCAACAUGCGAUCUCGGGCCAUAAGUCAGCAAACAGCGGUUCUGCCAUUCAGUCGUUUCUCUACGGUUUGAACUUUGUGGCACAACAUUAAAACCAGUUACCUGUUGUUGUUGAAUGUUUUGGCUGAUCGGUGGACUACAUAUUCAUUUUAAACCAAACAUGGGAAAUCUCUGGAUGUUUUCCCCCUGGUUUAAAUUUAUUGCAAAAUGAUUGAGAAGAUAUUUCUCUCUGACUUUAAACUGAAGCUGUUUCACUUGCUGCUGAGACUCCACAGUGGGAGAACCUGGAGUGGGUUUGACUGAUGUUUGUUUGCAUUUCUCCUUCCAGCUCUCUCUCUUUUGUUUAAACUUUACAGUGACAUUCCUGCAUAUUCCUCUAUCUGGAGAGACUCAGUGUUGCUUAUGCCGUCUUUCACAGUAUUUGUCAAGCUCGGUGAAAUUUAUAUCCAACGCUAAGAGGAAAUGGGGCUUUGAAACAGCCUUGACGCUCAUUCCUUUUGGAGCAUGUUGACAUUUUUAAUCCACGUCUGUUUUCUGUAUCUUCCGAGUUACUAGGAUACCAUGGUGCUCGUUGUAAAGUUUUACACAAAAUGUAACGUGUCUUUAAGUAGAAUUAAAUGUCUAUUUAUAUGCAUUGCUGACAGUGGUCCAAUGUUACCGUCAUGGAGAUCAUUAUUACUGUAAAUGAACAGUUCCCAGACUUUUACUGUCAUGCUGCAGCCUGCGGACAACAAAAAGCUCAGGUGCCCUUCAGCCCACCACAAGCAAACACUUUUGUCAUUGGGGAACAAUACUGGGGCAAGUUGAAAUAUGAAAAACAUUAGUAUAAACAUGAACAGCAUUUUCUUACAUUUCUCAUUAGUUUCUGGUGCUCAAAUGAAAAGCGAGAGCAUUUUUCCGAGCAGACGUUUUGUCAUAGCACACGUCAGUUAUCCAUAUCUUUUGUCCGUGGAGGGUCGCGGGGGCUGAACCAGGUCAAAAUAAUGUGCUGUGGAAAAAAAAAAGGGCUUUUCACCUUUUUACGUUUGGAUUCUACAUUAUACCCCUGGGUAGUUUGUGCACCUCCGGAGGGCCCCCACCCCACUGUUUGGGAACCGCUGCUGUAAAUGAAUCAAGUUCAACGUGCGUAUAAUAACAAUAAUAAUAAUAAUACAUUUCAUUUAUAGAGCACUUUUCACUGCUAAAAGCAAUCUCAAAGUCUUAUCAAGUCUCUACUCAUUACUCUUUUGAACAGGCUAUCCAUAUCCCGAGGAAGCAGUAUUAGCUGGUUUGUCCUAUCUGGAAGUUGGCGCAGUUUAUGUAGUAUUGUUUUUUUUACCACUUUGUUAUGCAGUUUCAAACGGAUCCAUUCUGGAUAUUCUGCUGUUGUUCUACCAUGUGAGUAAGUGAUGUGUUUAACUGGUGUCAUGUAAAAGUGAAGAAUUAAUCGAUUAAACUCUAUCGCUGCUUUUUUUUGUAAUGUGCAAACGUUCGGCGGCACCAACUUAAUGCUCCCUAAAUCAAGGCAAGUCAUGAAAAGGGAGAAAUACAAAGGAUAAAAAGAAAACAGAUCCUUAAAUUACACAUGGUGUGCAAGACAGGAUACCAAAUUCUGCAUUUGUGUUUUGUUAUCGUGAACUUGUGUUAUUGAGUUUGCUUUUCCACCGACAAUCAUGAGCUAGCAUAGAUAUAUAGUGUCAAUAACAUACAGAAGGGUUUAUUGUAUUGUGCUUUUCCAUGGCGGUUGUAAUGCCCCUUUUGUGUCUUCCUUUUAAAAAUGUCAUUCUUAUUUGAUGCCAUCACCUACAGUGAUUCAAAUCCUAUGUUGUAUUUUUGUUAAAGUAAAUGUUAUGUUUUGUGUUUGAAAUAAAAAACUUUUCCAUAA